AUGGCCGGAAGUCAGAAGAAGUCCACGAAGAAAUUCGAGAAAAAGCAUCUGAAAGAUGUACUCGAACGGCGCAAGUCGACCGCGAAGAUUAAGCAGCGCAUUCAUCUCAAAGAAAAACGCAAGGCUGACAAUGCUCGGAGUCGCCCUGAGAAUGGAGAUUCUGAGGAGAGUCCCGAGGAACGUAAGAAGCAGAAUGCUUUUGCGGAGAUGAACGUCGACGAUUUUUUCGCGGGCGGAUUCGAGAUUGCCGACGCCGAUACAGACAAGGGCAAGAAGUCUCGGAGGAAAGAUGUUACCCCCAAGAUCGGCAAACGGAAGCGGUCAGAGGAACAGAAGGAAGAGGGCGAGGAAGACUCGUCUGCAGCCUCAAGUGAAGGCGAGGAAGAUGGUGGCGUAUCCGACGAUGAUGCGGAGUCUCAGGCCAGCAGCGCACCGGAUGACUUCGAGGCGCACAAGGACCAGCUUCAAGCGUUGAAGGACAAGGAUCCCGAAUUCUACAAGUAUCUGAAGGAGCACGAUUCGGAGCUGCUCGACUUUGGUGAACACGGAGAUCUCACUGAGGUCCUCGAGCUGAGUGAGGAUGAGGAAGAAGAAGGGCCCGCGAAGAAAAAGAAGAAGGCGGCCAAGGAUGAGGACGAGGAAGCUGCGGACAACACGCUCACGAUCGCGAUGGUCAAGAAGUGGCAGAAGUUGAUGGAGGAACAGAACUCGAUCCGCGCCAUGCGGCAAGCCGUGCUCGCUUUCCGCUGCGCAGCGUACAUCAACGAGGCGGAAACUCAAGAGCAGAAGUACUCAAUCUCGGAUCCCGAUGUAUACCAUCAGGUUCUUGUGACGGCACUUGGUACUGUGCCGAAGGUGCUCGCACAUCAUCUCCCGGUGAAGGAGACGGCCUCCGGAAAAGUCAGGGUGUCUCUGGAUUCGAAGAAAUUCAAGACCCUCACACCACUCGUCAAGUCGCACACAUCCUCAGUUCAUCAGUUGCUCAUUAAUCUUUCCGAUGCAUCGACUCUCAAGUUGACCCUUUCGUCUAUUGAACCGAUGCUCCCCUAUCUGCUCCAGUUCAGAAAGCUCCUGAAAGUUCUCAUCAAGACCAUUGUCGGUAUUUGGGCUGAUGUCUCGACGACGGAGGCAACCCGGAUCACAGGCUUCCUGCUACUUCGCAAACUCAUGGUCAUUGGCGACUCCGGCCUCAAGGAGACGGUCCUCAAGGCCUCGUAUGAAGGAGUUGUCAAGGGAAGCCGGAACACAACCGUCCACACGCUCUCCGGAGUCAACCUGAUGAAGAACUCGGCCGCCGAGCUCUGGGGCAUCGACCAGAAUAUCUCAUACACGACAGGCUUCAGCUUCAUUCGGCAGCUCGCCAUGCACCUCCGCAGCAGCAUUACCAACACCUCCAAGGAAUCCUACAAGACCAUCUACAACUGGCAGUACACGCACUCGCUGGACUUCUGGUCGCGCGUCCUCUCCCAGCACUGCGACGGCCUCGUCGAAGCCAAAGCCGGCAAGCAAUCCGCCCUGCGGCCCCUCAUCUACCCUGUCGUCCAGAUCACCCUCGGCGCGAUGCGCCUCAUCCCCACCGCAACCUACUUCCCGCUCCGCUUCCAGCUCACCCGCGCCCUCCUCCGCCUCUCCCGCGCCACAGGCACCUACGUGCCCCUAGCCCCGGCCCUCCUCGAGGUCCUCAACGCAGCCGAGAUGCGCAAGCCCCCUAAAUCCAGCACCCUCAAGCAACUCGACUUCAGCACCGCCAUCCGCGCCCCGAAAUCCUACCUCCGCACGCGCAUCUACCAGGACGGCGUCGGCGAACAGGUCGCCGAGCUGCUCUCCGAGUUCUUCGUCCUCUGGACCAAACACAUUGCCUUCCCCGAACUCUCCGUCCCCAUCGUCGUCGCCCUGAAACGCUGGCUGAAGCAGGUCGGCUCCCGCACGGCCGGCAACAAGAACGCAAAGGUCAACCAGGCCAUCUUGCUGCUUGUGCAGAAGGUCGAGGCCAACGCGCGCUGGAUCGAGGAGAAGAGGCUGAAUGUCACGUAUACGCCGCGCAACCGCGCCGAGGUCGAGUCCUUCCUGAAAGAUGUGGACUGGGAGUCAACGCCUCUGGGUGCGUUUGUCAAGACGCAGCGAAAAUUGAGGGAGGAGAAGGCUGCUAUUCUGGAGCAGGGACGGCGCGAUGAGGAGAGACGUCGCGCGGCGGAGAAGAAGGCCGAUGAGGAUGAGAUGAUGGAGGAUGCGCCUAGUGAUGAUGAUGGAAGUGAAGAGUCAUCUGGCGAAGAGGAGGAAGAAGAGGAGGAGGAGGAAGAAGAAGAAGAAGAGGAGGAAGAGGAAGAGUUUGAGGAAGAGUAG